AACAACCAUGCAGCCAGGUCCCUCUACUCGAAGCAUAACUUUGUCUGGCAAGAGACGGUAGCCAACUAUUAUGGUCAAGGUCGAACUGCCACGGAGGGCUUUGGAUUCAACCAGCCUCUCAAAGGCAAUAAGUGCUUGCAGCUGCGCUCGACCGUCGCGUCCACGCGACUGAACGUUUUCUUUGUUCACAGACAUACGACAUAUAGUUAUCGGCUGCAACACAUGAAUGCCUUUCGCUGAAGCGAGGAAGCCUUUGCUGGCGGUUGCCUUUGCUUCGUUGGCUGCGCUUGCCAGGGCUGUACCUGAUCUAUAUUUCCCCAUCAAUUCUCAGGUACCGCCGGUCGCCUACGUCUCGCAGCAAUACGCAUUCACGUUCUCUGCGACGACUUUUGUCUCGAACAAAAGCCAGCUCUCCUAUAUCAUAGCUGAUGGUCCUGACUGGCUCCAACUCGAUACUUCAAGCCGCUCCUUCACAGGAACGCCGGCCCAGAGCGAUGUGGGAGCCAACAUAGUUCAAUUGAAUGCCUCAGAUUCGACCGGGGAAUAUUCAGACAGCAUUACCUUGAUCGUACUUGAGUCUACACAGCUGGGUACAGGGACGCCAGUCCUUCCUCAACUGCAACAAGCCGGACUUUCCUCUUCAGCGCCCGAUUCCCUGUUGUUACGUCCUCUGCAGCCUUUCGAAGUCAUUUUUGAUCUGGGCACGUUUACCGGCAUUGGAUCAAAGACAACAUACUAUGCAAUUUCAGACGAUCGCUCCCCUCUGCCUCCCUGGGUACAAUUUGAACAACUCUCGUUCUCUGGCACGGGUCCACCACUAGUCUCCCUGACUGCUCCUCCCCAGACAUACGGAUUCUUUCUGAUUGCGUCAGACGUGGUCGGGUUCGAAGAAGCUACAGUCCAUUUCGACAUUGUGGUUGGCUACAAUGUCUUCGCCUUCGAAAAUGUCUCUCAAACGGUUGGCAUUUCCAGUGGAUUACCAUUUCAGACACCGCCACUGCGCUCUCAAUUGACGUUGAACGGCAACGUCUGCGCGGAUGGGCAGAUUGCGAGCAUCGUUACCGACGGGCCGGAGUGGGUUGAAUUAGACAGAAGCCGGAUCUCGUUAAGUGGCACACCACAGACUGCAAUAAACACCAUUGUCACGAUUAGUGUUACAGAUGUCUACAACGAUGUCGCCAACACUACGGUGCUCUUGCAGGCUAACAGUGUGCCUGCUGUUUCACUGGGCACGAUUGGUGAUGUCAAUGUCACACUGGGUGAGAACUUCUCCUACACUCUAAACAAUCCGGCAUUCGCAGACUCUGGAUCAAUCUCUGCAGACUUGGGAAGUGCGAAUGGGUGGCUCCAUUUCGAUAGCUCGAGUGGGACGUUAUCAGGACAGCCACCAAUGAGUUUGCCCGAAGACAUUAUACCUGUCACAAUAGCAUUCGCAAACGCUACCGCGAAGCUGACGGCAACGGUGGUCCUCUAUCUCAUGCCGGAUAAGCCCCCUAACGGCAUGGCUACUGCUAGCAAUAUGCAGACACGAGCCCUGCCGCAGGCAAGCGAGACAAGCAACCCACAGAACAGCUCACCCAGCUCGGGAAAUACUUCCAAAUGGUCGUCCACCCGGAUGAUACUGGCAAUAGUGCUUUCAGUGCUGGCAGUAUUGAUCAUAAUCUGUCUCAUAUUGCUUUGGACGUUACGCAAACGGCGCAAGAGGUCGACAAAUGCCGAAUUCGCCAACUUGGAGUCCGUGCAGCCGACCACAACGGACGGUAGCCCAGGAUCGAUUUAUCGUGGCCGAACGACUCGAUUGCUCAGUCCAGAUACAAAUUAUCAGGAAUAGCCGUUUCGGAAGAUGAUCGUACGUCAAAAAUGUCUCUUGGGGAGGGAUCAGCAUC